AUGUGUGAGGAAAGGGUAGAAAAGGACAGCAAGAUCAGGGAGGCAGGCCUCUCACAACAGUUCGAGCCGACCUUCGAGAAGGUCAGACAGAGGCAAGGCAAGGCAAGGCAAGUGUCUUUGUUCCCAAAGGGAGAGCCUGGUUUUGGUCAACCUGGACCUCAAGGUCCUACAGGAUUUCCAGGCAGUAAAGGUGCUCCCGGGCCUAAAGGUGAUCCUGGUUUUUCUGGAAGCCCUGGUGCACCAGGUCGUCCAGGUCUUGAUGGUGCUCCUGGAUCUAAAGGUGAACCUGGCUAUCCUGGUGGUCCUGGUUCUCGUGGCCCACCUGGGCCACCCGCCUUUGGCCUUCAGGGUCCCCCUGGUCCUCCUGGAGCUCCUGGCUCUAUGGGGUCUCCUGGAGUCCCUGGUGCAAAUGGAGAGAAAGGAGACCGCGGUCUCCCAGGUUCAAGUUUUCCAGGGUUGCAAGGUGACAGAGGAAGCCCAGGACUUACAGGGCCUCCUGGUCCUUCUGGUCCACCUGGAGGUCCAGGACUACCUGGUCAAGAUGGCCUACCAGGGCUGCCUGGGCCUAAGGGAGACAUUGGUGGGAUGGGUGCUCCAGGGCCUGUAGGUAACCCUGGCAACCCUGGCAGACAAGGCUUUCCAGGACCAAAAGGAGAUGAUGGUGUCCCAGGAAGAUCAGGAAACCCAGGUUUCCCAGGAACAAAGGGAGACAAAGGUGACCCAGGCAUUCCAGGCCCACCUGGCAUAGGCACACCAGCAGGUCUACUUAAGGGGCAAAAAGGAGAAUCUGGAGUUCCAGUGAAAUCCUGUCUGGUAUUUUCUCUGUGCACACAAGGUUUACCUGGGACUGAUGGUCGUCAAGGUGCAGUGGGAAAGACUGGUAUCCAAGGAAUACCAGGUCUCCAUGGGCCACCAGGUCCUAAAGGAGACCCAGGUGCCAGAGGUGAGAGAGGUGAACGGGGGCCUUCAGGUCCUAGUGGUCUUUCUGGUCUGCAAGGACCACCUGGUGAAAAAGGUUCACCUGGACCAAAGGGAGACACUAGUGUUGGCCUUCCAGGGCGCCCAGGACCACAGGGACAAAAGGGAAGUCAAGGACUGACAGGUGUUCCUGGACUUCGGGGUACAAAUGGAGAAAAGGGCAGUAAAGGUGAUCAAGGCCUGAGGGGAACUCAAGGUCUUAAGGGAGAGAAGGGUGAUGUAGGACCCCUGAGUAGCGCCCCUGGUCCUAAAGGAGACCCAGGUGCCAGAGGUGAGAGAGGUGAACGGGGGCCUUCAGGUCCUAGUGGACCUCCUGGUCUACAAGGACCACCUGGAGUAAAAGGUUCACCUGGACCAAAGGGAAACACUGGUGUUGGCCUUCCAGGGCCACCAGGUCAACGGGGAGAAAAGGGAAGUCAAGGAUUGUCAGGUGUUCCUGGACUUCGAGGUCCAAAUGGAGAAAAGGGCAGUAGAGGUGAUCAAGGCCUGAUGGGAACUCAAGGUCUUAAGGGAGAGAAAGGUGGUGUAGGACCCCCGAGUAGCACCCCUGGUCCUAAAGGAGACCCAGGUGCCAAAGGUCAGAGAGGAGAGCAGGGGCCUUCAGGUCCUAGUGGACCUCGUGGUCCGAUGGGACCUUCUGGUCUCCAAGGACCACCUGGACUAAAAGGUUCACCUGGACCAAAGGGAGACACCGGUGUUGGCCUUCGAGGGGUCCCAGGACAACAGGGACAAAAGGGAAGUCAAGGAUCUGCAGGUGUUCCUGGACUUCGAGGUCCAAAUGGAGAAAAGGGCAGUAAAGGUGAUCAAGGCCUCAGGGGAUCUCAAGGUCUGAAAGGAGCAAAGGGUGAUGUAGGACCCCUGAGUAGACCCUCUGCUGUGAUUCGUUUAGUGGGAGGUUCCAGCCGCGGAAGAGUGGAGGUGCUUCAUGAGAAUGCCUGGGGAACGGUGUGUGAUGACAGCUUUGACACUGUGGACGGUACGGUGGUGUGCAAGAUGCUGGGUUUCCAGAGGGCCACUCAGGUGUUCACGGAAGGUGCAGGAACUGGACGUAUCUGGCUGGACGAGAUGAGAUGUACCGGAAAUGAGAUGAGCAUUUUUGACUGUCCACAUGGAGGAUUCGGAGUUCAUAACUGUGGCCACAGUGAAGAUGCGGGAGUUAGCUGUGUCUGAAUAAAAGAAAAAAACAUCUCACACCAAAAAUUUUGCUUCUUGACUUUUAGCCAGCUAGUGCUUUUUAGUGCACGUAUACCGUCAGUUCUCCUCAAACAUAUGCAGUUAUCAAAUUAUGAAAUUACUGCAUAGUAAAACCAAACUUAUUGUUGUCAGAUGUUCUGCUUGAGAAGUAUGCGUGGUGUCAUUAAGGCAGCAACAUCUAUGCAUUUCUGAGUUGGAUUUAUGUGUGCCAAUAUUUUUGGCCUAUGCACUAUAUAAAUGUAUAAUCACCACAAUAAAUUCAUCCAUGUGUACUGUGCUAUCCUAAAACUGUCCUGACAUAUAACACUCAGACACAGCAAAAUAAAUAGCUUAAUUUUAAAA